GGCCACGCGUGGCAACACUACCGUCACCGUCGCUCCUCCACACGGAGCAUUCAAUGGGACUAUCCCCGUUCUACGCAAUUGUCCGGGUGCAAACGACCACAUAACGAGCAUACCGACAACAGCGUCAGCUUCUUGCCAGCCCCCUUUUGGACCCAACCACUCCCAGCUGACUUGUGCCGAGCUACCGUCCACAUUACGCCUUCGCUAGGCACUCUAGCUCUCACCGGCAUUGGGACAGCACCGCUGCAGCCGCCUCACGACUCUCAACCGUCCUUGCUGGCCGCCUGGAUGGCCGCCUCAGCCAGGGUGACCGAGUAUGUUGGCUGGACCCCUGAAGAAAUUGAGAUCGAUGGCAACGAAAGCCUCCUUGCUGCAGCCCUACUCAAAGACCGGCUGUGUGUGAUCAGCGACGGUUCUUAA